UAUAUAUAUAUAUAUGUAUAUAUAUAGGUACAUCUUUAGACAUGUCAUACUAAUCAUACUAUACCUCGAAUUGUUUAUGUUAUCUUUCGGGCUAUAUAAUAACGAUAUUAUAAUACAAUUAUUUUCAAUUAUUGUUAAUAGGCUACCUACCUAAUGUAAAAACUUUCUUUUUCAUAUAAUUUUAAAUUGGCCCGUUAUUAUUAAUAAGGCUAUUAUUGCUGUGGUAAUUUUAUCAUUUUUUCAUAUGUAUGUACCUUUAUACGCUAUCAGAAGUGGUAUAAUAAUAAAUUUGAAUUGGAGAGGGGAUUUUUUUUCAAAUUUGUUUGAAGCUUAUGCGUAAUGAAAUAUUAAUAUAUAUACGUUUAUAAAUUAUGUAUUGGAACAAUCAAUGGUAAGUACCUGUAAAUACAUGCAUUUAAAAACAAGUUUAUGAUAAAACUUCUAAUAAUAUAUUAACAAUUUUAAGAUAAUACAAUUUCUUAAAAAUAUCAUAAUAUUAUUGGUUAAAAUUUAUUUUCUCCUUUAAAAUGUCGAUUUAUAAAUGAACUAAAGUUUAUUUCAUUUUUUCAAUUUACGGGGUCUGGAGACAAUAGCUGAAAAUCCCUUCGCAGCUCCAUCACUGCACCGUAUAUUUGUUUUAACAUUAUUUUAAUACAUUCAUUUAGUAUUUUGAAUGCUGUUUUUUACUGGCUUAUUUCGGGUAUUGGUACCGAAAAUCGACCAGAAAAUGUUCGGAGUGGAAUUUAAAAUCCCCCAAGCACGCUCACUCCUCUUUCAUCCCUUAAUAUUGCAUUAAUUAAAUUUGUGAUUUUUGGGAUUUCUAAGUAAGUAUAAUGUAUAUUUUAAGGACCAUAUUUUACAACACUGAGAUUUAAAUACUUAAUAUUAUAUACAGUGCGCAUGUAUCACCGCAGACAUUUCGAAGAGGCGGAUGGCCGUGUCGGCGACCACCUGCAAAUUCGCCGACAAUAAGGAAAUAUUAUAAUUAGCCCGCGUGAGUUGUUAGCACUCGGGCUACAACGAAGUUUUAAAGGGGGAAAAAAUGAUGUUUAAAAACACUUGAACUUGACAGGAGUGCGAUAAUCGUACAAUCGUCACCGGGACGUCAAAAACCGUGCUGCUAUAAUAUGACAGUGUUUGUGUUUCACAUUAUUCGUACGCCGCUAAUUUGUAUGGCGCGGACACGUCGAAAUGGCACAAGGUGUUUAAAAUUCUCCGGUCAUUUCCGUGUGCCCAUAAUAUAUUAUAUGUACUUCUAAUGUUGUUAUUGUUAUAAUAUAUAUCGUAUUGUAACAACGUCGUCGUCCGGCAUAAGGUCGCACGCAUAGUAUCACGCAAACUCGUUAAUUGAAUUUUUCGCGAAUACCCAACGCUGUACAACAUGAUGAUAAUAUUAUGAUGCAUGCGCACACACCGUAUUUAUUAUAUUAUGCCUGUUUGACUACACCUAUGCCUUAUUAUAGUGUACACUUAUGAUUAUAUUAGGUAUAAUUAUUGUACAUUGUACACCUAUUAUGUGGUACCCCCGAGACGAGACGAUAGAGUGUCGUUCGGCAGGCGGAAACAUUUUUUUUGCGUUUGGCGGACAUUGUUAUUACGCCGGCUUAGGUUAAGUUGAUUUUAUUGACAUAAAAUAUGUUGUACAAUACUAUAUAAAUACGAGUAUAACACACAUGUACACCCAAUUUAUUGUUUAAAAAAUAAAAAUUAAUGCGGUAGGUAACCAUACAGCAGCGCAGUUGUAGCGUCUUAUUAUUGGGUACCUAGGCGUAACUACACCGUUUGAAAAUCGAGUGAAAUGUAAUUUUAUUAUUAUUGUACAUAUAUUUUAUAGGAGUGAAUAUUUUAAAUUUUUAAUAGAAAAUAACAACGACACGCGCAACAACGGUUGAGAGAGACGUAUUAUUCAUAUAUUUAUUAUUAAUUAGUAUUAUUUAUUAUUCAUAUAGUAUACCUUUAUACCUGGUAAUAUUAUUAUUAUACGUUGCGCAGUAUACGUGAGAAAUACGCGUAGUUUGAGGCAUAAUAUAAUUACGUAUAGACGUGUAUUGGAACAGUAUAAACUAGUAAAUACCGCGAAUAAAAUCAAGUCGCAAAUACAUAAUAUAUAUGUAUAUAAUAACAUUCGGUAGGUACGGAUUUAAUUUAAUUUUGUAAACAUCUAUUGGUUUUAAACGAAAUAAAACCUGUACACUAAUCAUUUAAGACCUGCAGUAUUAGUGCGUGGCUACAGGUUUUUUUUUGUUUUUUUUAAUGGGAUGGUGGAGAGGAGUGACCUUUCAAAGAAUUUACCUUUAUUACAAUAUUAUACCUAAAUUAUUUUCUUUUAUUAUACGAGUACAGCGGUUGGAUUUUGAAAUAUAUUGUGUUUUGAUUAAUAUUCGAUUUAAUCAAUAAACAGAAAAGUCUAGUAUAUUAAUAUUAAUUUGUGUACCCUAUAUGGCUGUAUAGCUAUAGCAGCUAUAAAUAUAUUUUACUUAUUUUUUAUUCAUUACGCGCCAAGAAACCCGGAGGCCGCCACUACCGUGUCCAACUGGAUUAUCUGUAAUGCUGUAUGUAAUUUCAAAUUUGUGAUAAUAAUUAUAGUAUGCCUACCUAAUUACAUAUGUAAUUUUACAAAUUUGUUAUUUUGUCAAUAUUAUCAUAUAAUAUACUCGCCUGGCGUCACGUAGUUACACAAAUAUUGUUGUACAGCAGUAUAAAUUGUAGUAACAUAAACAACUCGAAGUCGUAUAAUAAUAAUAUAAUCAUCACGCCAUACAGCUGUUUUAUCCGUCUUCGACUCAUAGUAGUGUGUCGUAGCCUAAUCCAAGACGGACAACAGGAAACGACGUACUUAACACAUAAUACAUAAUAUGAUAUCGUAAUAAUAUCCUACAGUCGAGCCUCGAUAAAUCGAAUUUUUUUCACGCCCCUAGAAGUGUUAAUGAGGUAUAUAACUCGAAAAAUACACAAGUCGAAUUUUUAUUCCCCUUGAGAUUCGAGUUAUCGAGGCUCGAAUGUAAUAUAAUACGUAUGUUGGUGACAUUCCUCAGCUGGAACGAAUACCUCAUAGUGUCUGCUAUUUUUUUUAAAAAAUUUUAUCGCAGUCUCUUAUGAGUAUAGGUACCUAGAUAUUAAAUAUCUACUGCAAUAACUAUAUUGCGACAUCAUCUCAAACUAUAUAUUUCUGUUAACGUUCAUAUUAUGUUAUAUGUUAUUAUUGACGUGCGUUUGUUAUGUCUAUGUGGUAGGCGACGAUGUGCACUAUAAAAUAUAUCAUAUAAAUACGCUUGAAAUGUGUUUAUAUAAGUAGACGAAACGCGUUUUCAAAACUAUGAAAAAAAAUUCUAUCCUAUUCGUUUGUUUACACAGGAAACGUGCGGUAUACGCGGAAAUCCAUAAAUCUGAAUACUUUUUUUUAAAAUUAUUGACCUUCCAAUCCUACACAAACCUGCAGCCGUAGCAAUGUACGUGUUUAGCGGUCGUUCUAAAGAGAUUAAAAAAUAUUUCGAUUCCGUAUAAAAACGCAACUGACCGCAGUGCUAAAUGCUGAAAAAUCAACUGAUAGGUGAAUACUUAUUACUUGAUGAACGGUAGGAAUAUUAAAGUAUUAAACGAUGGGUUAGGUGGUUAUUAAAGAUUAAUUACAACUACAUAAAUGAUAUGUAAUAUUAUUAAAAAUAGUUGUCCCACCCGGCGUUUCCCGUGCCGACAGUUUAUUUUCUUAUAAAUAUAAUUUUAAGAGAAUGUAUAUGCCAUAUUUCUGCAAAUUAUUAUAAUAGUUAUAUAAUAUUUAACUAAUGGAAACCAUAUAAAUAAACAAAGUAUAUAUAUUCUUUUUUCGGGGGCUCAGAAAAAUGUCAUGUAUGAGCUGCCCUUAAGCUACCUAAGGCCCUAUAUAGGGGUUGAACAAAUAAGCUGCACACACCCUCCAAUUCUCAAGGAGUAUAUUAAUAUCACUUUUAUUGAAAAUGGUCCAGUAGUUUUGAGUAUUCAUUUCGGAUAAACUAACACUUGUAACCAACAUUCUGUAACCUAUAUAUAGGGUUAUCGUUGGUUAUAGCAGCUCAUAAAAGUUGAAAUAUAGGCUCUGAUCUGGACAAUUAUUUUAAUUAUAGUUAUUUUAUUUCACCAACAACUAGCCCAACAAUUGGACUAGCUUUUAAAAUCGGAGAUGGUCAAAUUCCCACCUUUAACCCCCACCCCCCUCAAAUGAUGCCACUGACUUUAGGCACGGAGGACGAAAAUCAUUAGGUAAACGACUCGUCUAGUCAAACGACCUGCAGUACGUUGUCGUCACUCGUCGUGAUUAACAUUACUUAUUAGUUAUUAAUAAUUAAUACUAUAGUAAUGACUAAAGACCGGAUUCCCGUGCAAUUGCAUCUUUUUAUAGCGUGUUCUAAAUUCAAUAGAAACAAGCUACAAAUCCAAAUCAAGAGAUGUAGAUUAAUUUAAAGAAAGUUUUAUGUUGCACAAAAUUGCACGUUUUUGGGUUUUUGCACAAAAUUGCACGUUUCGGGAUUUUUUUUAUAAAAAUGUACUUUUGUACAAAUAUUUUUGUAUUUUUGUAUUAUUUUUAUCGUUGCUACAUUAUAUUGUUAUACAAAGUAUUGGACUUUUAUAUCUAACAAUAUAAUAAUUAUAUAUAUAUAACGAUAUAAUACGAAGUAAUUAAGAUAAUGACUAAGGUACUACGAUAGUCGAUAGAUUAUCGAUUACAUAUACACUAUACAGCCGUCGUAGUCAACUCGUGUUUUAUACAAUUUUGUAGUUAAUUAUUACUUGAUAUUAUUUAAUUUAAAAUGCCGAAAAUUAGUAGUAGCCAUUGUUCUAAAAUAAAGUGUUGGAUCGAAAAAUAUCUAGAAUUGAAAACAGAAGGCAAAAUUAUAUUUUGCACGUCGUGCAAUAAGGCUAUUGGUUGUGAACGUAAAUCACAAGUUGAUGCACACUGUAAUUCAAAUGUGCAUCAACAAAUGACUGCUGCUAAAAAAAAUAAGCGUAAUCCGGUACAAAUGUUAAUACCUGAAACCACCUCAGCAUGGCUAGUCGAAAUGAAUUUUUAACAGACAUGUGUUAUGCCUUGGUAGCCACAAAUAUUACUUUCAAUAAACUUCAGUCGACCCCAUUUAAAAAUUUUUUACAAAAAUAUGUUAAUCAGAAUAUUCCAGAUGAAAGUACGUUACGAAAAAAUUACUUAAAAAUAUGUUUUGAAUCUACUCUUACAAAAAUACGGGAAAAAUUAACUAACAAUUUCAUUUACAUUAUGGUAGACGAAACGACUGAUUCUAGAGGGCUGUAUAUUUGUAGUUUAAUUGUUGGGAUACUUCAUCCAGAAAUAAUGCCUACUUCAUUCCUGAUUUCUUGCAAAGAAUUGAAAAAAACCAAUUAUGAAACGGUUUCUCGAUUUGUGAAUGAUAGUUUAAUGGAAUUUUUUGGAGACACGUUAUUUCAAGACAAAAUUCUGCUGUUUAUUAGCGAUGCGGCGCCAUAUAUGAUAAAAACUGGAGGAGCAUUAAAAAUAUUUUAUUCUAAUAUGAUUCAUAUAACUUGUGUUGCCCAUGGCUUAAACCGUGUGGCCGAAAAAGUUAGAGACAUUUUCCCGGGUGUAAAUAAACUGGUAAAUAAUGGAAAAAAAAUGUUUUUAAAAGCACCUCAUCGUAUUACUGCUUAUAAAAAUUGUAUGGACUGUCGCCUUCCUCCAGAACCUGUAAUAACAAGGUGGGGAACAUGGUUAGAAGCUGCUUUGUUUUACUCUGAAAAUUUCAGUAAAUUUAAUGAAUUGGUAUCUAAUAUAGAAGACUAUAUUAGAUAAUACUAAUGACUAAUGAGUAAUUAUACAAAUCUUUCAACUCCGUGUGGUUUUAUUUUGUCGCCAUUAAUUUAUUAUUUUAAACUUCGAUUUGUUAAUAUUUAGGUUUUGUUUUGAUGAGCGUCACGUACCGAAGAGUGGUAUUACGCAAAACGCCGAGUUUGCAUUCAAAAUUGUCCAAUAUGUAUUCAAUACACGAUCGACAUUGAAAGCUAUAUGCAGGAUUAUUUUUUCAGACGUUGAGUACUGAAUAGCUUACGAAAUAUUUUGGAACAAGGUACCUCCACCUACUAUAUUAUAUUAUAUGUCUAUAUGCAUGUACCUUGUGGCCUGUUCCAAAAUAUAUAGGUACACGCAGUACAUUUUAGGUGACAUAUAUUAUUUGGAUAGAAGCGAUGAUUACAAAUGAAUAACAUAAUAAUAUUAUUGGAAUAAUAAUUUUAGUAUAGUUUACCUAUAAUAUACCAAUAUCAGUUUUUCGUUAAUAGUACCUACUGUUCA